AUGGACGCAGAAGAAGAAUCUUCCACAUGUUUAACAAAGCAGGGCCUACGUUUAGCUGUAACAUACAACUCUAUCCAGGAAACUUGCAGUUUCUCUAAAAGUUCAGUAACCAUCUCUCAACCUUCCCAGUCUUUACCUACUGAAAAUCAUGAAUUAAACUGGUGCAAUUUAACUGUAGACGAUAAAUGCAACUCUCCAAUAGAUCAAGAGCUGGUUUUAGGAUGGGAUACCGGGCUUGAGAAGAAACUGGAGAGGCCAAAUUCAGCGACCUGUCGAGUAUUUCCCAUCCGCAGUGUUGUUAACGUAGAUCUCUCAAGAGCUCCCUCGGGUCUCGAUGAUGAGCCAAACGUUUCUGAGGAAAGAUUAUCUUCUAGUCGUAUGCUAUCACUAGACAACGCUAACUGCGAACAUUUUUCUCAUUACUACCAAAGUCGAGCACAGAUCCAAAAUGAUACGCAACAGAGGGACUUUGACGUUUUAAAUGAAUCAAUUGACAACAAAAAGUCUGCAUGUCCCCUUAAUGUAAACACGUUUUUGGAUCAAGAGGUACCCGAGAUAGCGAGCUCAAGAUUUAAACACGUCUACACUUCCGAUGGUCACGGAGUAAUUACUGGGAUAAGUGGAAAUACAAUGCAACAAUGUGAAGAUGAACCUAUACAUACACCGGGAGCUAUUCAAAGCUUCGGACUAUUAGUCGCUUUGAAGGAAACCAGUGAUAACAAGUUUUCAGUAAGAGUCGUAUCUGAAAAUUCGCAACAAAUAAUUGGCUAUACCCCCCAAGAAUUAUUUAACCUAAAAAAUUUCAUAGAUAUUCUCAGCAAAGAACAAGAAGAAGACCUGUUAGAUUAUGUGAGCUUUGUUCGUGAAGAGAGAACGGGACUUUCAGCAAACGGACCAUCAGUUUUUACAAUCUUUGUGGAGCAGCGUGAAUUGGGAAAAGAAAACAGAAAAUUAUGGUGCGCUAUGCACAUAAACCCUAAUAGAUCUGAUCUAAUUAUAUGCGAAUUCGAACUGUAUGAUGACCGAAUGUGCCCUCCACUGCCACUGCAUGAGUAUGAAUCUCCUGAAGUACCAGAAGACACCUUAAAAGGAAAUCCCACAAAAGAGGAAUUCGAUGAGAGUACAAAAUCUCUAAAUCAACCUUUAAGGAUCCCAAGAAGUGCCCGAAAACCUAAAGGAGAGGUUGAACUAAUGAAUGUCUUUAAUCUUGUCUCCCAGGUUCAGCAACAACUGGACUCGGCUGAGACUUUAGAAACAUUUUUAAAAAUUUUGGUCGGUGUCGUCAAGGAACUGACUAGUUUUCACAGGGUUAUGGUAUAUAAAUUUGACUCAUCGUUUAAUGGCCGGGUUAUUUCUGAACUUGUUGACCCCAGAGCGACCCGUGAUUUAUAUAAAGGCCUAAAUUUUCCUGCAAGUGAUAUCCCUCCUCAAGCUCGAGAUCUAUACAAAAUAAACAAAGUUCGUCUACUUUACGAUCGCGACAACAUUACCGCACGGCUUUUAUGCUGCAAUAAAGAUGAAGUUGAGGAACCCUUGGAUCUAUCUUUCAGCUAUUUACGAGCAAUGUCUCCAGUUCACUUAAAGUAUCUUGCGAACAUGGCGGUGCGCUCCAGUAUGAGCAUCUCGAUCAAUUCGUCUGACAGACUCUGGGGGCUUAUCGCAUGUCAUGCUUAUGGGUUGCAAGGUAGACGGGUUUCUUUCCCUACUCGUAAAAUGUGCCGUCUCAUAGGUGAUGCUGCUUCGCGAAAUAUUGAACGUCUCUCUAGAAUAUCUCGUCUCCAAGCUCGCCAGCUCAUUAGUACAGCACCUAAAGAUAAAAAUCAAAUUAGAUACAUCAUUGCUUCUUCGGAUGAUCUAAUAAAAUUAUUCGACGCCGAUUUUGGUCUGGUAUCAAUUCAAGGCGAGGCUAAAAUUUUGGGCAAACUCGAAAAGUCCCAGGAGGCACUCGUAAUGCUCGAAUAUCUCCGUCUGCGGAAGAUAACCUCAGUGACAUCUUCUCAAGAUAUAAGAGAAGAUUUUCCAGAUCUCUUCUAUUCUCCCGGCUUUAAAAUCAUUGCUGGACUCUUACUUGUCCCACUUUCUGUUGACGGCAAUGACUUCAUAGUUUUUUUUCGGAAAGAACAAGUCAAAGAGGUGAAAUGGGCUGGUAAUCCCUACGAAAAAAUUGUCAAGGAGGGGACAGACGGCUUUCUAGAACCAAGGAAGAGUUUUAAAACUUGGAGCGAGAUAAUAGUUGGAAAAUGUCGUGAUUGGAGUGAAGAGCAAAUGGAAACUGCUGCUAUCCUCUGCUUACUUUAUGGCAAAUUCAUUGAGAUUUGGCGCCAAAAAAAGGCUGCGCUACAAAAUAGCCAGCUAACAAGAUUAUUAUUGACAAACUCAGCUCACGAGUUACGCACACCAUUGAAUGCGAUUAUAAAUUAUCUUGAAAUUGCUAUGGAAGGCUCUCUCGAUCAAGAGACGCGAGAUAACCUUGCAAAGUCUCAUUCCGCCUCAAAGUCGCUUAUUUAUGUAAUUAAUGAUCUACUCGAUCUAACAAAAGCCGAAGAGGGCCUGGAACUUAUCAGAUAUGAUCUUUUUGACUUUCCAAACCUGCUUUUGGAAACUACAGAAGUCUUUAAAGCAGAUGCCAAGCGUAAGGGUUUGAAGUAUGAUGUUUGUAUUGACCCAAAAGUCUCUCGAAUUGUUCUUGGCGAUCAGCGGCGUUUACGACAAGCGAUAACAAACCUUAUAGCAAACGCAAUAAAGUUCACUACUCAAGGAUAUGUUCAUGUUGAAGCCUGGCUACUGGAAACAUUGGUAGACAAGGCGACCAUUGAAGUCUUAAUUCAAGAUUCUGGAUGUGGGAUGUCUGAUGAAAAGGUAGACGAUUUAUUUAGGGACCUAGAGCAAGUGACUGUGGAAUCGAGUUCCUUCGAUAGCAAGAUCAGAUCUUCUUUCUUUUCUUUGCCACAGGAAACAAGGAAACGAACACUCGGUCUCGGCUUAGCAAUUGUGUCUAGAAUAAUAUGGAAUAUGAAUGGGCAACUACGGCUUAAAUCAGAAGAGGGGGUUGGAUCCUGCUUUGUUAUUCAAAUAACCUUUGAUUUACCAGGUGCUGAAAACAAAAGUGUGGUAGAGAGCCCUCGGUUCAUAUCAGAAAAACGAUCUAUUUCAACGUUACAGAAAGCUAGUGAAAUUACCCUCAUCGACCGUAUCAGCCCACAACCUGCAAGUGGGACUGGGAAACUCAAAAUUAAUGGUAACUCAAACGUCAAGAAGUUAGAAAUAAUAUCAAGACAGAUAAAAAACUCUGAUAAAACAUGUACGGAUCAUCGGGACUCAGAAAAUGAUCAUCACCUACAAGAUCAACGGAUAGGUCAGGGCAAAACUCAGAUUCCUCUCAUGCAUUUGAACCCUAAUCAGCGAUGCUCAAAUUCACCUCAAUUGUAUGACAUUUCGUCAUCAAUAGAUAAAAAUACCAGUGAACCACGACUAAAAUGUCAAAAUGGGCCUAGCUCGAGAUCGACACAAGUACUUGAUGAAUAUUUGGCCUCACGAGCCCAAAUUAAAUCUGUUAAAAAUCCAAAUGCUUUUCAUUUAAAAAUUUUAGUUGCUGAAGAUGACCCGAUAAACAGUAAAAUUAUUCACAAGAGGUUGGUAAAAAGCGGGCAUGAAGUCUACCACACAAUAAACGGAGAAGAUUGUGCAAAUGUAUUUGCAGAGAGGGGAGCUUAUUUUGAUGUGAUCUUGAUGGAUCUACAAAUGCCAAUUGUAGACGGGCUGCUUUCUACAAGGAUGAUCAGAUCAUUUGAAAGGGCUAAUCCUCAAAGAAGUCUCUCUAAAUGUGCUCUUCUAAACGGUAGAGUCCCAAUUUUUGCCGUCUCUGCUUCACUUCAUGAGCGUGAGCUCCAGACCUAUAUUGAAACAGGCUUUGAUGGCUGGGUUUUGAAGCCUAUAGAUUUUAAAAGACUUCAUGUUCUUUUGUUGGGUCUUAUUGACGAUACUCAUCGAGAAGCCUCUGUCUAUCAUCCAGGUCAGUGGGAAAAGGGUGGAUGGUUUAACAGUUGUCAUAAUCCCGACUGUAACUGGCAGGAUCAAGAAUAG